AUGGAUUUGAACAGCUACCUGGGAGAGUAUGAAGACGACAUCUUCCGAGGAUCUUCCCCCCUGGGGUGGGAAGAUUCUGAAAUUUUUCUGGGUAGCCAGAGCGGGACAGACCUGAGUCAAGGGGACUUGCAGGAUGACACAACCGAGUCUAUCACGGAUGAAAGUGGGCCGCUGCUUCGGUGCCUCAAGAAAAUCUACCGGAAGGGGAAGAAGGAAAAGACGAGGCGACGAAAAACCAUGACUUCAGUCCCUGAUCUCUCUGCCAUGGCAACCAUCUGGGAAGAAAGCGAGAACCCUGGUUCUGCUCAGGAACCUGAGCUUCUGCUGAACUCCUGGAGGAGCACCAUAGAUUACUUCAACAGUAAGAAAGAGGAGAUGAUUAAGAGAGAUUAUACAGAAUCCAGCGUCAUCUGUGUUCAUGCUAUGGCCACCGUUAUUGACUUGAGCAAGGCGAACGUCACAAAAGCGAUGGGGUCCUACAAGAAGGGGAUAUUGCUCCGCACCUUUUUCAAGAGCGUCUUUGCCCUUUCACCUCUGAAGGCGGGACAAGAGGAAGGAAUGGCCGAUGCUGCCAGUGCCCAGUACGCAAAGAACCUCUUCAUCAGAACAUACCAGACCUUCAGUGAGAUGCUCCAGCAGCUGAUGGUGGAGAACCCAAUUCCUUCGGAGCUGGAGAGGAUCUUGCAGCUGAUGGCUCCUUGGCUACAGUCUUCGGAGGCCGACCUGCGAGAGAGGGCUAUAUGGACCAGUGCGUCGCUGCUCAACUUUGUGGCCAGCAAAUUACAGUUGGAUACGCUGUCCAAAUUCUCCCGGCUGGGCCACCUCGUCGCGGUGCUGGGGAUCUGCUGCGGAGACUCCGUCAAGUCCAUCAGCUCCAAGGCAGCCAAGGGCGUCCACCUCCUCCUGGCGAUCGUGCUUGGCCAGAAAAUUGCGAGGCUGGAUGAGAAGAACGUCCACACGGAAGCCAUCAAGCGCAAGCACAAGGAGUUCUUGGAAUCUUGGAAUCCAUCCGUGUUUCUCAAAAACCCCUCCAGAGUUGCAGAGGUCUUUGGCGUCUACUUCAGCCCGAGAGAGAAGACGGACUUCAUCCUGACCGCUUUGGAUGGCUUGACGGUGCAGUGCACCACCUAUUGCUGCACCACCACAGAGGGGCUUCUUGCCAGCAUGGCGAGGCACUGCGGCGCCGAGAUAGAGAAGGUCUCAGACAUUGUGGACGGGAUCUGCAGCCGCCUGGACCUGAUCCACCAGCCCAGUGCGAGGAGGCUGGUGAUGAAGCUGGUGGGCUUGCUGGCAGGCAGGACCGAGCACUUGGACACAGUCAUCUCCAGCCUCCUGGAGCAUUCGUUCCCACCUGACAGGUAA